AUGGACAUGGCUGCACAGAUGACGCCGCCGAUUGCAUGCGAGACACAUCCUGUCUUCGGCGUUCCAGAGCUCCUGGAGAUGGCGCUUGGACAUCUGAAGACCAAGGACUUGCUAGUCGUCACUCGUCAUCUUCGCCACACUGUGCUUCGAUCGGUCCGUCUUAUGCGCAAGCUCGGACUACUGGCUCAACCACCGGAGGCACGUUGUAGUAUGACAGACAUGGGCAUCCCAAGCAUAAAGCAUGAUCUCUAUGUUCACGGCACUACGGCUUUCUUGCGACAAUCCCAGGACUCUUCCGAGAUCUUCAUGGGCAGUCGUGGAUCUGAAGGAAAGGCAGUUGAGGGUGCAGCUUACAUUUGGAGACGAAAUGCCGCGAUCAGGCUCCCGACGCAGCGCUGUACGGUUUUACCAGCCGCCGACGAGACAGAUGGAGGCGAAGACGCACUGCUGCUGCAAACCGGCGCGUUCGUUUGGUAG